GGUCGCUACGUUUUCGACGUCUCGCGUUUCAAAUUUGUAAUAGCCGCGAUUGUGUUCAACGUUAACGAAACAAUGACCUAUAGUUUGGAAGUGUUUGCGUUAUAAAUAAAUAGUUUCUAUAGAACAAUUUAGUUUAACGGUGGUAAUGUUGUGUUGAAAUAUGUUAAUACAUCGAAAUGGUUUUUUCGCUGAAGAUGCAGCUGUCAUCGUAAAUAUGGAACACAACGUUUAUAAUAAUGAAUCUCUAAAAAAUAAGUGUGCAACAUUAUUAAGUUACUAUUAAACUCUGCAAUUAAAUACAUACUUACCCUAUAUUCGAAAAAUGGAUUCUAAAUUAUCAUGUUUUCAUCAAUUUACUGCAAAAUUACUUCAUGACUCCAAAACAAAGAUGAUGAUUAUAAUCAGAGCAAAAUGAAACUUAAGCAUUAUCCAGGAAAAGCGGUCAUGGAGGACCCUUGGCUUUCUAUUAGUGACAGAACUAUGGACCUAGUAUAUGCCGCAAAUUGGGUUGGAGCUCGAAAUCUCAGUACCUAUAAUGAAAGUGACAAUGGCUCGAAUAAAUCAAAAUAUAAUUCUAUUUCUAGAAGUAAAUCUUGGAGGGACGUGGGUCAUACAAAUGACAAAAGUUAUGACACCAAGAUAUAUUCUUCGCCAGACAAUGCUUAUAACUAUGUUCAUAAUGUAUCCAAUGAAAACAUAUCUCAAUUAGCAAAAUACCAACAAAAUAUAGAAGAGAAGGCCAGAGCAAAUAACAACCUCGUUGCACAAAAUAAAUUGAAACAUAGUUAUAGUUUCAAAGACAUGCCAAAUGGAUAUAAACCUUCAACACUGAGACGAGUUAAAAGAAGGAAUUUUACGGAGUGGGAUAUUGAAGCAUUUGGAUCGCACGGAAGACAGCCUCCUAUUCCACCACAGCGUAAAGAUUCUCUUAAAUAUGCACAUAGACAGAGAAAGGCAGAUUCAAAGAAAAAUAAUUAUCCAUUACCUGAUCCUGGGCCAGUACCAGCAGAUCCCUCAUCGGAAUCUUAUUAUGAAUAUUAUUCAAGAGUUAGUCAACAAAAUAAUGACACUGAUAGUGAUAAAAUAAAACAAUUGAUAAAAGAUCCAAAAAAAGAUAAACCACAACAUAAUAGUGAUACACAUCAUGAAAAUGUAAGUAAUUUUAGCAACGAUAAAAUGUAUCAAUUAAUUAAUACAAUGGCAACUUUAGAUUUGAGUCCGAUGAAAUCUAGAUUAGGGAAACAAGAUCUCCAAGUGGAUUGCGAAGCGGAAGAUUUAGGUCUGUACAUGCGGCCCAUUAAUGAGUCAUUAUCUACAUGCGAACAACUUCCUAAUCACACUACACAAAUUGCGAACGAACGAAUUGCACGUAUCGAAAAUGUUAAGCCAAGUUUUCGUUCUAAAUCUAUGAGAGUUAAGAGCGAAGGAAGAGCCCCACUUCGAGCUUAUCUUGACGUCGUUCAACCUGAUAAUAAGUCUCGCAAUGGCGUUACUGUCACUCAACCAAAACGUAAUCUGUCGCCGAGCGAACAGCUGACUAUGAUGGAGUACGGAAUGUAUAAAGGGCAAACUAAACAACUAGCUGUAGAUCCAACAAGCAAUGGAUUUCACAAUGUUGAAUUGGGGAAAGAAAGUGAAAAUCGGACUAUAAAUAGUAAACCAACUAAAAUUAAACGCGAAAAAUAUGGAAAAAUGUAUAAUACAGUGAGAGUAAAAAGUGAGGAUAGGUAUGACAGAUUUAAUGACAUUUUGUCCUUUGGUGUUUCAAAAGAACGUGUAAAUGAAGAUCGUGUAAUAAAUAGUAAUGGUGUUUUAUCUAGAAGUGCUAAAAGUUCCUCUAGUGGUUCGGACUCAGACUUUUCCAUACCACGUCCUAAAUUAAUAGUGCCUGUUCAUACAUACGGAAUGAGGAAGAGAAGAACGGGAAAUCUAUGCCAACGUGAUAGUAAUGCUACAGAAGCUUCUCUAGAUGCUGGUGUAUUACUUGAUGUUACGCGACUGGAGGAGGCUAGCGAUAAAGAAAUAGAAAAACAAUUAAGAAAUGAAGAAUCAGAGGGCAGAGUGGAAGUAUCAAGAGAGAACAAAUACCUCAGUACGAUGGCACCGGGCAAGGUGUUCGGUGAACUGGCCAUCCUCUACAAUUGCAAGAGAACAGCCACCAUAAAAGCAGCAACCGAUUGUCGGCUAUGGGCCAUUGAACGUCAAUGCUUCCAGACCAUUAUGAUGAGAACUGGACUUAUACGACAGGCUGAAUAUACUGAUUUCUUGAAGAGUGUGCCGAUCUUUAAAGACCUACCCGAAGAUACGCUUAUCAAAAUAUCUGACGUUUUGGAAGAGACGCACUAUCAGAACGGUGACUACAUUAUCAGGCAAGGAGCGCGUGGUGACACAUUCUUCAUUAUUUCUAAGGGACAGGUAAAAGUGACCCAGAAGCAACCGAACAGUAACGAUGAGAAAUUCAUUAGAACACUAACGAAAGGUGAUUUCUUCGGAGAAAAAGCGUUGCAAGGGGAUGAUCUUCGGACAGCAAAUAUCAUCUGUGACUCACCAGAAGGAUGCACGUGCCUCGUCAUCGAUCGGGAGACAUUCAACCAACUCAUAUCGACUCUAGACGAAAUUCGUACCAAGUAUAAAGACGAAGGCGAAAGUAGACAAAGAUUAAACGAAGAAUUCGCCAAUUUACGUCUGUCAGAUCUCCGUAUCAUAGCAACUCUCGGUAUAGGUGGCUUCGGGAGAGUGGAACUGGUACAAAUACAAGGAGAUCCGAGUCGAUCAUUUGCAUUGAAGCAAAUGAAGAAAGCCCAGAUCGUUGAGACGAGACAGCAGCAACACAUAAUGUCCGAAAAGGAAAUAAUGUCAGAAAUGAACUGCGAAUUUAUUGUGAAGCUGUUUAAAACCUUCAAAGACCGCAAGUACUUGUAUAUGCUGAUGGAAACUUGUCUCGGAGGAGAGUUAUGGACUAUUUUAAGAGAUAGAGGUCAAUUUGACGAUGCAACGACAAGAUUCUAUACUGCUUGCGUAGUAGAAGCCUUCCAUUAUCUACAUUCUAGAAAUAUUAUUUACAGGGAUCUCAAACCAGAAAAUUUACUAUUAGACUCCAAAGGCUACGUGAAAUUAGUCGAUUUCGGUUUCUCCAAAAAGCUACAGGCGAGCCGUAAGACUUGGACGUUCUGCGGUACUCCUGAAUACGUUGCACCCGAAGUUAUCAUGAACCGAGGUCACGAUAUCAGCGCCGACUAUUGGUCGCUAGGUGUGCUUAUGUUCGAAUUACUCACUGGGUCACCACCCUUCACUGGAGCGGACCCAAUGAAGAUCUACAACAAGAUUCUAAAGGGUAUAGAUGCGGUGGAGUUCCCGCGAUCUAUAACUAGAAACGCAGCCAACCUCAUAAAGAAACUCUGCCGCGACAACCCUGCCGAACGACUUGGCUACCAGAGAGGAGGCAUCACUGAGAUACAGAAACACAAAUGGUUCGAUGGUUUCAACUGGGAGGGUCUCGCGCAGCGCACCUUGGACCCACCAAUCACGCCGGUCGUGAAGUCCGCAGUUGACACGCAUAACUUCGACCAAUACCCGCCCGAUGCCGAUGAACCGCCACCCGACGACCUCUCUGGAUGGGAUGCCACAUUUUAAACAAAAACCACAAUAUUUCAAUUUUCAAAUUUGCCAGCAAAAUUCUAUA